AUGUCCAGUUGUAAAACUACUUUGUCUGACAUGGUUGGUCCUGUGGCAAAAGAUAGGGGCACUAUCAACGUCAAAGCCAGAACACGUUCAAGUAAUGUAACUUUCAAACCGCCUGUAACCCACGAUAUGGUCCGCUCGCUCUUCGAUCCAACUUUGAAGAAAUCCUUGUUGGAAAAAUGUAUUGCAUUAGCUAUUAUAUCGAACUUUUUCAUUUGUUAUUGGGUCUACCAAAAGUUUGGUUUACAGUUUACUAAAUACUUUUUUCUCGUACAGUAUUUAUUCUGGAGAAUUGCCUAUAAUUUGGGUAUUGGUCUUGUCCUGCAUUACCAGUCGCAUUAUGAAACAUUGACGAAUUGCGCUAAAAACCAUGCAAUUUUUAGCAAGAUAUCACAAAAUAAAGAUGUUAGUUCGAAUUUCUCAACAAAUUCCAAUUCGUUUUCAGAAAAAUUUUGGAAUUUUAUUAGAAAAUUCUGUCAAUAUGAGAUUAGGUCAAAAAUGCCAAAGGAGUAUGACCUAUUUGCCUAUCCGGAAGAAAUCAACGUCUGGUUGAUUUUCCGCCAAUUUGUUGAUUUAAUCUUGAUGCAAGAUUUUGUGACCUAUAUUAUUUACGUUUACCUCUCUAUUCCGUAUAGCUGGGUUCAAAUCUUUAACUGGAGAUCUUUGCUAGGUGUUAUUCUAAUUUUAUUCAACAUCUGGGUUAAGUUAGAUGCGCAUCGCGUGGUUAAGGAUUAUGCCUGGUACUGGGGUGAUUUUUUCUUUUUGGAAGAAUCUGAAUUGAUUUUUGAUGGUGUUUUCAACAUCUCUCCCCAUCCAAUGUAUUCUAUUGGUUAUCUGGGUUAUUAUGGCCUAUCAUUGAUCUGUAAUGACUACAGGGUUCUUCUGGUGUCCGUAUUUGGCCAUUAUUCGCAAUUUUUGUUUUUAAAGUACGUUGAAAAUCCUCACAUUGAAAGAACUUAUGGUGAUGGCACUGAUUCUGAUUCCCAAGUGAAUGGGAGGAUUGAUGAUCUGAUAUCCAAAGAAAAUUACGACUAUUCAAGGCCCUUGAUCAACAUGGGCCUUUCUUUUAACAACUUCAACAAAUUAAGAUUUACUGACUAUUUCACAAUUGGUACCGUUGUGGCACUUACGUUAGGAACAGUCCUAAAUGCGAAAUCUGUCAAUUUAAAUUACCUCUUUGUUGUCGUUUUCAUAACAAAACUGGUUUCAUGGUUGUUUAUCUCGACCAUAUUGUACAAGCAAUCCAAGACUAAAUGGUUUACAAGACUGUUUUUGGAGAAUGGUUACACACAAGUUUAUUCCUAUGAACAGUGGCAGUUUAUUUACAACUAUUAUUUGGUGUUAACUUACUCGCUUAUGAUAAUUCAUACUGGCCUUCAAAUUUGGAGUAACUUUUCUAACAUAAACAAUAGUCAAUUAAUUUUUGGUUUAAUUCUUAUUGCUUUACAAACAUGGUGCGAUAAAGAAACCAGAUUAGCCAUUUCUGAUUUUGGUUGGUUCUAUGGUGAUUUUUUCUUGAGCAAUUAUAUCUCAACUAGAAAAUUAACUUCUCAAGGUAUCUACAGAUAUUUGAAUAACCCAGAAGCAGUAUUAGGCGUUGUUGGAGUUUGGGGUACUGUAUUGAUGACUAAUUUUGCGGUUACCAAUAUUAUCCUGGCUGUUUUAUGGACAUUGACAAAUUUUAUUCUUGUUAAGUUUAUCGAAGCUCCUCACGUUAAUAAGAUAUAUGGUAAAACUAAACGUAUUAGUGGUGUUGGGAAAACUUUACUAGGCUUGAAACCCCUGAGACAAGUUUCUGAUAUCGUCAAUAGAAUCGAAAACAUUAUAGUUAAAUCGUUAGUUGAUGAAAGUAAAAAUUCCAUUGGUGAGACAGAACUUUUGCCCAAAAACUAUCAAGAGAAUAAGGAAUGGAGUAUUUUAAUUCAGGAAGCAAUGGAUAGCGUUGCGACAAGGUUAAGUCCAUACUGUGAAUUGGAAAUUGAAAACGAGCAGAUAGAAAACAAUUUUGUUCUACCUGCGCCAGUGAGUUUAAAUUGGAAAAUGCCCAUUGAACUUUACAAUGAUGAUGAUUGGAUUGGCUUGUACAAAGUCAUUGAUACAAGGGCAGAUCGUGAAAAGACAAGGGUUAGUUCAGGUGGUCAUUGGAGUGCUACUUCCAAAGGUACAUAUAUGAACAAUGGAUUAAGACAUAAAGAAUCUGUAACAGAAAUUAGCGCAGCUGAAAAGUAUGUUCAAGGUAAAGUGACAUUUGAUACGUCCUUACUUUACUUUGAAAAUGGUAUUUAUGAAUUUAGGUAUCACUCUGGAAACACCCAUAAGGUGCUAUUGAUUUCUACCCCAUUUGAAAUUUCAUUGCCGGUAUUAAAUACUGAGACACCUGAACUGUUUGAGAAGGAUUUGGCUGAGUUUUUGACGAAAGUCAACGUUUUGAAAGAUGGCAAAUUUCGUCCGUUAGGGAAUAAGUUCUUUGGGAUGGAAUGCUUGAAGCAAUUGAUCAAAAUUUCAAUUGGCGUCGAACUUUCGUCCGAGUAUAUAAGGAGAGUUAAUGGUGACGCUCAUGUUAUUUCGCACCGCGCCUGGGAUAUAAAGCAAACGCUUGACAGUCUUGCAUGA